AUGAAAUUCUUACCAGUGUUCUUGUCUUCCUUCUUAGCUCUGUCUGCUGGUAGUAGCAUCUACCCGCCUGACUACAUCCCCCUUACCCCAGGUGACAACAGUCACUACGAAAAGGGAGUAAGUCGGUAUAUAUGGAUUCCUGAUGGAGAUGGUGUACCUCAUCUUGUUGACCUUCACGUACCCGUAGACCCAACUUCAUUAAGGUCCGGCAGAAACAUAUAUAACCUUUACACCAGAUUAAACCAGUACAGCAAGCAAGAGUUGAUAUCUAGCGAUGUAUACUCAGUACAAAACUCUAACUACAAUGCAUCUUUACCAAUCGUUGUUAUUGUUCACGGAUGGAAUAAUGAUGGGGAAUCAAAUAUUAACCAUUUAUUGAGAGACGCUUUUCUUCAUGUUGGUGACUACAACGUUAUAGUUGUUGAUUGGAGUAAACGCCAGAGCCUUCUUUACCCAGUCAGCGCCGGCGUCGUUGACGAAGUAGGUGAAAAUCUUGGACUAUUCCUGGAGUGGUUGUUGUCCAACUUUGGUGGAGACUGGGAUAAAAUGCAUAUAAUGGGACACAGUUUGGGAGCUCACGUCUCUGGGAAUGCUGGACGUACUGUGGGUGGAAAAGUUGCGCGUAUUACAGCUAUGGACCCGGCUGGUCCAAGUUUCGGUGAUGAUACGGACCGAACUCUAAGAAACACUGACGGAAAAUACGUGGAAUGUAUAAAUACCGAUGGUCAUAUUUUGGGUAUCUACGAUCCUAUUUGCACAAAUAACUUUUACCCCAACGGAGGCACGAAUCCACAACCUGGAUGCCUAUUUAGUACCUGCUCCCACAGUAGAAGCUACGAGUACGUUGCAGCAUCUGUAAGAUACAAUAGAUUUAUCGCCUUCAAAUGUCUUAAUGAAGACGAACUUGAAAAUAACUUAUGCAAUGGAGAUACUCUGCGCAUGGGCAACACUGACUUACAUAAAGAAGGGAGUGGAUUAUAUAGAUUGAACACAGGGUCUGAGUGGCCUUAUUAA